UAGUUUUAUGUUGAAACAGGAAGUGCUGCUCAUCUGUACUGUCGCCAGCUUUGCCUCAAAUAAUAAUUAGUGUCGUUACCGCCUGUGUCCGCCAGAGGGGCAGUAGCGCCCCCUGCUCUGAUAAGGAUAAGGAUAAACUUUAUUGAUCCCACAGUGGGUAAAGUUCACCGAGCUGCUUCACUGAGGAGAGUCUUUUAGUUUUCAGAUAAUAUGAUGGUGAAGAAAAUGUGUUACUGCAGUAAAGAUUCCACUGAAUUAUUAUUUGAUCCAUGAUCGAGAGCACUCAGUUCUUCUCCAGUUUGUUGCUGCUGUCGGGUGAACAGGUUGAGAGGACUUUGGGUAUUGAGACUGCAAGAUCCACCAUCAUCAAUGAGAUUCAGUACACCAUGGUCAACCACGGAAUGAGCAUCGACCGGCGUCACGUCAUGCUUCUUGCUGAUCUUAUGUCCUAUAAGGACCAGACCUGCUGGGAUCUGUACAGAUGUCUCGAUGAGGGUGGGAGUGGUUUCAGUAAAGGAGAGCUGGAUCAGUCUACAAACACAUUGUUGUAACCAGUGUGGGAAAUCUUUCAGGCAGUCAUGUUAUUUGAAACGUCAUAUGCUCAUCCACACUGAAGAAAUUAGUUUUUUACUGUGAUAUUUCCUCAUGUUUGACAAAGUGGUUAUUAUCUUAACUGUGAAAUAAAAGCCCUCCUUAAACAUUAUUUAAUCUAGUCUCUUUUUCAAAAGAGGCCUGAGAACAACAGACAUUCCAAUAAACUACCCUUAGUUAGUAAACUGAAACUAAAUCAAUCGUAUUUUCAACUAUUGUAACCAAACCUCCACUGCCAUAUUAGAACAGGAUAUGCUUUUAUUUCUAAAACAUUGCCAAUGAUUUUGACAAAUCAUUCUGUGGUUUUAUUUGAGAAAGUUGUUGCCCCAGCAUUGUCCUACAGGGGGCAGUUGUUUUAAAACUACAUUUGUCUUCCAUGUGUCACCAUUUGCUUGCAUAUUUCAUAAACAUCACAAUCACUAAUUUCCAACUCUAUACUGAUGAUAUUUUCCUGGUUUUCUUAGCUGGCAGGAGAUGAAUUUUUGCAUCCCUACCCUGAUUUUCAUUAUCGAGGCUCGCUUUUUCCCCUAACAUUCUCCCACAACGGGAGUGUUUGACCUUUAAAGUCACGGUUUCUUCUACUGACCUGCACCUUUGUGAUUAAUCCUUGCAGCUCUACUGCAUGAUCUACUGUUUGCUUUACCCCGUUAGUCAUUCUCUAAUAACACUGCAGUUUCUGCCGCUGCUGGUUUUCAACAAAUUCCAGGAGAAGAACAUGCAUUACUCCCAUUCACGUCUCCCUGUGAUUUACUAUUGAUUUAGCUGAUUUAGCUUUAAAGCACAGCAUGCUCCCCUUCUGUCUUCCGUUAGGCUCUGCUAAGCCUCCUGCUGCUGAAGCUUCUUACCUGAGCAUUGGUUUGGAAAAAUAAGUAAAUAAAGUCCAAGGACUCACCUAUGUGGGCCCCUCAAAAUUUUUCAUUAUCA